CCACCCCCGCCCCCGACAUCCCGGCCAGAUAAAGGAGCCGAAGCCAAGAGGGAGAGAGACCCCGCCCCCCUUGAGAAGAGAAGCCGAAGCCCCUGCAGGACGGGGGCCUACGUCGCGAUGGGUUCCACCGCUACCCCGGAGGGAGCGCUGGGCUACGUCCGCGAGUUCACUCGCCACUCCUCCGACGUGCUCGGCAACCUGAAUGAGCUGCGCCUGCGCGGGAUCCUCACUGACGUCACGCUACUGGUUGGCGGGCAACCCCUGCGAGCGCACAAGGCGGUUCUUAUUGCCUGCAGUGGCUUCUUCUAUUCAAUUUUCCGAGGCCGUGCAGGAGUGGGGGUAGACAUGCUCUCCCUGCCUGGGGGUCCGGAAGCUGGAGGCUUCGCUCCUCUUCUGGACUUCAUGUACACCUCGCGCCUACGCCUCUCUCCGGCUACGGCGCCAGCGGUCCUGGCAGCUGCCACCUACUUGCAGAUGGAACACGUGGUCCAGGCAUGCCACCGCUUCAUCCAGGCCAGCUAUGAACCUCUGGGCAUCUCCCUGCGACCCCUGGAGGCAGAACCCCCCACGCCCCCAACGGCCCCUCCUCCAGGCAGUCCCAGGCGCUCCGAAGGACACCCAGACCCACCUACUGAGUCUCGCAGCUGCAGUCAAGGGCCCCCCAGUCCAGGCAGCCCAGACCCCAAGGCCUGCAACUGGAAAAAGUACAAGUUCAUCGUGCUAAACUCUCAGGCCUCCCAAGCAGGGAGCCUAGGCGGGGAGAGAAGUUCUGGUCAACUUUGCUCCCAAGCUCAGCUCCCCAGUGCAGAUGAGGCUUCCAGCAGCAGCAGCAGCAGCAGCAGCAGCAGCAGCAGCGGCAGCGAAGAAGGACCCAUUCCUGGCCCCCAGAGCAGGCUCUCUCCCACUGCUGCCACUGGACAGUUCAAAUGUGGGGCUCCAGUCAAUACCCCCCUUCUCCUCGCACCCCGGGCUCCAGAGACCACUGGGCCACCCUCUGGGCGGGCCCGUCCACUACCAGGAAGUGAAUUUUUCAGCUGCCAGAACUGUGAGGCUGUGGCUGGGUGCUCAUCGGGGCUGGACCCCUUGGCUCCUGGGGAUGAGGACAAGCCCUACAAGUGUCAGCUCUGCCGGUCUGCCUUCCGCUAUAAGGGCAACUUGGCCAGUCACCGCACUGUGCACACAGGGGAAAAGCCCUACCACUGCUCCAUCUGCGGAGCCCGCUUCAACCGGCCUGCUAACCUGAAAACGCACAGCCGCAUCCAUUCGGGAGAGAAGCCCUAUAAGUGUGAGACGUGUGGCUCGCGCUUUGUCCAGGUGGCGCAUCUGCGGGCCCACGUGCUGAUCCACACGGGGGAAAAGCCCUAUCCUUGCCCCACCUGCGGGACUCGCUUCCGCCACCUACAGACCCUCAAGAGCCACGUUCGCAUCCACACGGGAGAGAAGCCUUACCACUGCGACCCCUGCAGCCUGCAUUUCCGGCACAAGAGUCAACUCCGGCUGCAUCUGCGCCAGAAACACGGAGCUGCUACCAACACCAAAGUGCAUUACCACAUUCUGGGGGGGCCCUAGCUGAGCGCGGCCCAGGCCCCACUCCCUUCCCCGGAGAUGGGAAAGCUGUGGCUCAGCCUGGUUCUCUGUCAGGCUUGGGCAUGGGGGUGUGCAAGGACCCUGGAUGUCAGCGACUGCCACCACCUUCAUUUUCUCACUGGGGAGAGCAGGGUGGCAGGUCCCGGCUAGAUCUGCCUCUGUUUUGCUGGUCAAAACCUCUUCCCCACAAUCAAAAUUGCUUCUGAGGAGAGAACAAGCUAGGAGCUGGAGGAGGGGAGCCUUAAGGAAAUCAGGCCUCCACCUGCAGCCCCCAUCUUAGUUUAUCUGUAAAUAUAAUUUAUUGAGGCCUUUGGGUGGCACCCGGGGCCUUCAUUCUGCUGCAUUUCCCAGGUCCCUCUUCCACAAGUGUGAUCAAACGUGACCUGAAACACAGAAUGUGAGGUCACAGCUCUGCUGGCAGAGAUUAGCACUUGGCUGUCUCCUUUGGCUUGAGUAUUUUGUAUUACCAUUGUCCUAACUUUUCUCUUUAGAAUUCUUUCUUCUGUUUUCUUGUUGGUUAGUUUAGAAUGGAGAAAGGGGUUCUCUGUGUCCUGCCCCUUCAAUUCUAGGUCUGGAACCUUCGUUUGUUCUGGGGCAGCUGUGGGAACAUGUGGGUUUACGGAAUUGGGUCAGGAACCCUCUUUGGUAUACUAGAUAUUGCAGGUUCUCUAGCAGGCUAGCACCCAAUAUAGAUUUUGCUCUGUUCUUCAAGGGUUAUAGGAACCUUUAUGGUGAGCCUGGAGUCGAGGUAAUAAAUACCUCCUGGAGGCUGUGGGUAUGGGGCCUCUGUCAGUCUUGGAUCUGGGGGAGCUGAUUGGAGAGGCUCUCUCUUUUGCUUCGGACUGCCCCAGGGGUCCGGUCACCUAGGUUUGGCUCCACUGCAUCUGUCUCUCAUGACAGAGCCCACCCAGGAGCUUGAGUUGAGCCCAUAAGCCUCCACUGAGGCCCCUUCUUAGCACUGAGUUGAUCCCUCCAUGUGGGAGAAAUCUGAAAUUUCCUCAUCAGAGAUGGUGCAACCGUUUCUGAGUCUGCCCAGUCCCUAAGAAGGUUACGACCUAGGGGAGAAUUACGAAACCUUUUAUCUCAACUCAGCAGUAAAGAAUACAACCCAUUCUUUACUGCAAAGGCGUCUGGGUGUGAAUGUUCCUGGGGGGGUCUACCUGAGAUGAACCUCGUCUUCCUUUAGUGGGUUUUUGGAUAUCUUCUGGCAAGUAUCCAGAUUCCAGAAAUGUCUUUGCCUCUAGAAGUCCCAGGUGCUUGGUAACUUUCUUACCUUAGAACAGCCCGGGUCUGCGACCUGGUUUUCCCGCCACUGCAUUCCUGUCUGGAACCAGUGAAUGCACUAGAACCUUCCACAGGAAAGAAACGGGGCUGAGUUCCAUUCUGGAGUUGCUGUUGUUUGAGAUUAUAAUUAGGAUUAUGGCUGGGUUUAGAGAUGGAGAAGAUUUAAAAGACUGAUUGACCUUCCGGUCGACCAAGAAUCCAGGUAGGAUUAAGCGGUUGGUUGACAGGCACCGUCUCUGGUGUAGACCAAAUAGGCAGAAAGUUAGGAAUGGGUUGAUGCUUCACUGUGUGGGAGCACUGUCUGGAAUGUUAGAUGAGUCUCUGAAGCCUUGAUUUACAGGCCUGCUCCUGUUACCCUGGGGCCUGCUGGAUUUGGGGGCAUAGAGUGGAGGGUAAGAAGCGCUUUGAAAUUGUGGGGUGGAGCUUCAAGACAGGUCAGUGCUAGUGACUGUCACUUGGGGACUGGUAAGACAGCUCCUCUUCUCCCUCUUUCCCUCUUACUCCCCGCGGCAGAACUGAAGGAGGGAGGGAAAGCAGAGGAGUGACAUGAGAAGGAACCAUUGUGGGGUUUUUUAGCAGAUUGGAUGGGCAGGUGCAGAGUGCCAAGGGGUGGAGAUGUUAGAUCUUGCAAGAUCAGAAUCAUGGAAUAAAGAAGCCUCUUUGUGCUGCC